UCACCCUUUAACCUUUCCCCUGUGCCAGGAAGCGGCACAUGUUGUGCUUGUUGAGGCAGUCGGGGGAUGGAGGGGGAGUGUUGUCGGCGGCCUGUGGAAGUGACCGUGUCACCGGGAAUAUGAGCGGCGUGCCGGUGAAGAGGCUGUACCCGGAGCUGCCGGUCUGGAUUGUUGAGGAUCACCACGAUGUGGUUUGUCAUAUCUACCGUGCCAUCGCAUCAAAACACCUCCCACUGCACGACAUCAAGAUGGUUCACCUGGACUCCCAUCCUGAUCUGCUCAUCCCUGUCAACAUGUCUGCUGACACGGUGUUUGAUAAGGACGCGCUGCUCAGUGCGUUAAGUAUAGAAAACUGGAUAAUGCCCAUGGUGUAUGCUGGCCAUGUGUCUGGGGUGGCCUGGCUGCAUCCAUACUGGGCUCAGCAGAUCAAAGAAGGGGAGCACAGCAUGACUGUGGGGAGAGACUCAUCGACCACCACCAUCAGGGUGACCAGUACAGACGACUACUUCCUCAGUGAUGGCCUGUACGUUCCUGAGGAGCAGCUGGAGAACUCGAAACCUCUUAGACUGAGUGUGGUCAAAGUCAAUCCAGUGAAGCCAAGCCACAGAGUGCGUACAGAGGAAGACACAGAGGAGGACAGAAGACAGUGUGGAGGCAAGAAGCCCAGGACAGAGUGUCAAGGAACUGAGAAAGUCCAGUCAGAUAGUAGUGACACACUGCAACCAGCAGAGGGCAGCAAGGGUGACAAGACAGCUAAGGAAGAACAUGCCAGCAAAGGAGCAGGCUGGGAGGAUGAUGAUGAUGAUGAUGAUGAUGAUGAUGAAGAUGAUGAGGAAGGAUCAGCUAAUUAUGCUGUAAAGAGGAUAGUCUCGGUUCUCAGUGAGACAGAGCCGUACGUCUUGGACAUCGAUUUGGAUUUCUUUUCCUGCAAGAACCCCUUCAAGGAGUUGUACACACAGGAAGAAUACGCCAUCCUCCAGGAGCUCUACAGCUUCAGAAGACCCAGCCCAAACGCUGAUGAGGAGGAACUUACUGAGUGUGUGGACCGUCGUGUACGUCAGUUAGAGGACCUUGAGGCGGUGUUUGCUGAUCUUUUGGAAGACGAUGGAGAAGACAACAUUAUACGCUGCGCCAACAACCCCGGGAUGGCAGCCCUGGUCCAACUGGUUUCCAGUUUGAAAUCCAGAAACCAGUCCCCUGACUAUGAAAUGGUCCAUCAGGCUGGGUUAACCUGUGACUACUCUGAGCUUCCUCACCACAUCAGCACUGAUGAGGAGAUUGACAGACUACUCUCAGCUGUGCAACUCAUUCUAAAGGCUCUGCCUAAACCUACACUGGUUACUAUGUCCAGGUCCAGUCUGGAUGAGUACUGCCCAGCAGAGCAGGUGGAUCUGAUCCAAAACAAAGUACUGGCUGUACUGGAGAGCCUAUUUGGAACGUUGGAUUUACACAAGGACUAUGAGAACACCAGCACAGAGGCUCAGGACAGCCAAGCACAGGCCUCUUGACACACACUCUGACACACACCUGCACAGGAAUCACUGUUGGACUUGAUGGAGAUAUGAUUGGAAUGAAGCAGACACAAAUAAAGACACAAGCGUUAACAAGCGCUCAGAAUCAUACUUUCACAUACACACAUGUACAUGCAUGCAUGUAUGCACAGACACACACACACACUGUUGCUGUGUGUACUGAUGCUGAAAAGCAUACACAUAUUUGCGGGUUUGGUAUGGUACUUUAACCCUUGUAUGGUGUUCAGGUCAGUGGGACCCGUUUUCAUAUUUUACCAAAAGAAAAAUGAUAGGAUUAAUUAUUUUUUCAACCUCAGUCUCAUUGGCCUCGGCUCAUUUUCU